AUGUCCACCCUUGUUCGCGACGACAAACUCCUUUUGUACAAGCCUCCUGAGUCGAACCAGUACUUCCGCUUCCGUUGUUGCAUAUGCUCGCUGAACCACAUCUCCAUCGCCGGUUGUCCAACGUACGCUUGCAAUCCAGAUCCCGUCGCCAUCCGAUGGCUCCAGGAUCACCAGUCUGUUGCUGAAGAUCGGGUAGAGUUGUGUGGCCCGACUUUCAAUGUCGGUAAUAAGCUGGUCGUAAUCAGAAAAGCCGUUGCGGCUAGGGUGUUGAAGAAUACCAUAACCGCUCACUUGGAAUGCCUAUUCUCCAGGAAGCAGGUCGGCGAGAGGGAAGAAUUGACGAAUUUGAUUAAUGGCGGCUCAUAUGGCGGGUUUCAUACAAUGGCCGUCGCUUGCAUGAUUUUCCUUUGUCUUUACGAGGAUGCGCUGCAUCUCUGGGCAAGAAGCAGCGAUCCGGUGCUGGAACGUACUGCCAACCAGUGA